AUGUCCCCACUCAUGUCGCCACUGCAGCUGCCAGACACCACGGGCACCCUUGCCAGAGUCACCACUCUGCCAUUUCGCCCGAGGAUUGCAAGAACGGUGUUGGAGCGGGCCCAAGUGGGGUGUGCUUUGAGCAACUCGCGACGCCACGCGCUUCACCAUCCCGACGUGGGCGAGCACCUACUCGCUUCACCACCCCGACGUGGGCGAGCACCUACUCGCUUCACCACCCCGACGUGGGCGAGCACCUACUCGCUUCACCACCCCGACGUGGGCGAGCACCUACUCGCUUCACCACCCCGACGUGGGCGAGCACCUACUCGCUUCACCACCCCGACGUGGGCGAGCACCUACUCGCUUCACCACCCCGACGUGGGCGAGCACCUACUCGCUUCACCACCCCGACGUGGGCGAGCACCUACUCGCUUCACCACCCCGACGUGGGCGAGCACCUACUCGCUUCACCACCCCGACGUGGGCGAGCACCUACUCGCUUCACCACCCCGACGUGGGCGAGCACCUACUCGCUUCACCACCCCGACGUGGGCGAGCACCUACUCGCUUCACCACCCCGACGUGGGCGAGCACCUACUCGCUUCACCACCCCGACGUGGGCGAGCACCUACUCGCUUCACCACCCCGACGUGGGCGAGCACCUACUCGCUUCACCACCCCGACGUGGGCGAGCACCUACUAGCUUCACCACCCCGACGUGGGCGAGCACCUACUCGCUUCACCGCCCCGACGUGGGCGAGCACCUACUCGCUUCACCACCCCGACGUGGGCGAGCACCUACUCGCUUCACCGCCCCGACAUGGGCGAGCACCUACUCGCUUCACCGCCCCGACGUGGGCGAGCACCUACUCGCUUCACCGCCCCGACGUGGGCGGGCACCUACUCGCUUCACCGCCCCGACGUGGGCGAGCACCUACUCACUUCACCACCCCGACGUGUGCGAGCACCUUCAACGAGGGUGACCUCCCCCAAGACGUGCCCUUCAACGAGGGCGGCCUGCGCGUGCGUCUUCGGCAGUCCGGUCGGCCCGCCUGCCGCCUCACUCCCACCUACCCUGGGAGGCCUCGGCAUCACCGAUCCGGCAGCGGAGUGCAACUAUGCCUACAUGCCGUCAACGGCGACUACCUGCAGCCCUCCUCACGCAGCUCGGAGACGCCCUCCACCCCUUCUGGACCGAUUUUUGAGAAUUAUUGCAGCCCUGCUCAUCUUUUUUUAGCCUUCCCCACCGCCGGCAGAAGCACCUGUGACCCUCCCUACCCGCAUCGCCGUAGCAGAAGCAACCCUUCCGUUGGUCGGCAUCCCCACUCUCGCCCAGCUCCGGGAGGGCGCAGCGCAGACAUCUUGAACGCAUUGGCGGCUCGGCCUACCCCAGGAGGUACCUGGCACAUGCGACUGCCGCGGCAACACCCAAAUACUGUGCUGCUGCGACAAGACCCAACCCAGAACGCACUGAUCGCCAAGACCCACGCUGGCUCUGUGGCAGACUGCGCCACAGUAACGGAAGCCACGCUACUGUGGUCUGCGACCCAGACCGUGCCUCUGCCUCUGGUGUACCAGAACGCACUGAUCACCAAGACCCACACUGGCUCUGUGGCAGACUGCGCCACAGUAACGGAAGCCACGCUACUGUGGUCUGUGACCCAGACCGCGCCUCCGCCUCUGGUGUAUCAGAACGCACUGAUCGCCAAGACCCACGCUGGCUCUGUGGCAGCCCCGACGGCAGUGAACACCUUCUUUCAGCCGCUACGCAUUGGGUAG